AUGUAUUCUACCUUCACAGUCGCAACGGGUGCUCCCGUUGGCGGAGAUCAUGGCCGUAAAGCUGACCAGCCGAAGUCUAAACGUCCCCAUGUUCUAAUUGCAUGCGAACACUGUCGGAAAAAUCGCAUCAAGUGUGAUAACGGACACCCGUGUCGGAACUGCAAGCAUCGCAAUAUCAGUUGUACCAGCGGUGAUUACGCAGAUACUCGUGCAUUGAGCAGACAGGUCCAGCAUCUCCUCAGUCGUGUGAAGUCCCUUGAGGAACAAGUGGGCGAUGUGAACAGCGCCUUGGCCGAGGCCAAGCAUAAUCAGUCCUUGUCCACACGAUCGAGCCCGAUCUCACUUCCUGCUCUAGCAAAUGAUCUUCAGCCAGCUCAGAACUUGUCGUCAACUGCCUUCGCUGCCCAGCUUCAGCUUCGCUUGGGUGUUGACUUCCUACUAGUCCUGUGCAUGGAACCCCACGGCCCACCAACUUCGACCGACCCUGGCUCUUUACAGGAAAAAUUGCCUCGAACACUCACCGAUUAUUAUAUCCGAAGAUAUUGGCGCACAGUGCAACGACUCCAGCCGGUAUUGGAUGAGCCUGAUAAUAUCACUGUGAGACCUGCAUAUUUGACGGACUUGAUGCUCGCUAUCAGCCUUCGGCUAGAUGCCAUGUCAAAGCCGCGGGACCACCCAGAGCAGCCAGAACAAAGUUGGAUCCUGGCUCAACAACAUUAUGAGCGAAGUGUCCAAAUGCUGGCACAAGAGCCACCCACACUAGGACAUCUGCAGGCCUGCCUCUUGAUGGUAAUAUAUCAGCGUCAGGAUCAUCAUCGAGGGGCCGCUUCUGAAGCUCUGACUCAGGCCCGAAAUAUUGGAAAUCAAUUGGGGCUUUGCGGAUUAAGCCGACCAAAAAUCGGCUCUGAUAGAGAAAUACACCUUGCAACCCGACUGCAAGCUAUUCUGCUUAGCUUAGAAGCGCAGCAAUUGUUGGAAUCAGGCUGUCCAUCUGAGAUUGCAGAAAGCCCAGCACACUGGCUGCAAUCCCCACCCUGGGAUUUGAUUCCAGUUGAUGGGGGUGAGGGAACGUUCUUGAGCGCAUAUGCCAGUCUUCUUCGCAUCGCCAAGGCUACUCAUCUGUCUUUCGUACAACCAACUAUUUCCGCGACCCUUUGCCAGCUUGAUCAAGGAUUGCCGGAUCUUUUAGAGCUGCUCGACCAUUGGCGGCAAACAGCACCUGCGCGCUUUCAACUUCGACGAAAAAAUAACAUUCCGUCAAUGUCCACGGAUUCAUGUGCUUUAGAUUUAGAUGCCGACCAGACAACCGUAAUUUUGAGACAAUGUUUAAUACUUGAGCUGACAUACCAUUGGAUACACACUGGCUUACUUCGCAGCUUCUUCUUGGGCAGUGGAGAGGAAUGCCACUCGACUUCUGCAACCACAAAUGCCACCAAGCAUGCUUUGGCAAUCACUCGAAUUAUAUCUCAGGCGUUAGAAGAGACCGAGGUUGUACACGGCUGGUCAGAUGCGCAUUUUAUCCAGUGGGAUGGAGCAAUGACGUUAAUGGCCUCGAUCGCAAUCGAAGGACGAGAUGGGGUGGCGAUGGGAGAGAAACGAGAAGCGUUAGCUAUCAGCAAGGAUGUUCUAGACAUGCUUGGUACACGAUUCACCACUUGUGCGGCCAAAAUUAUUGAUGACUUUUUAAGCCUCACUGCAAAGGAGGGUAACGCCUCCCUCGGGAGGAAUAAGGGAGGGAAUCGGGAUGGGAAAGGUAUUGAAGGCAUUGAAACGUUGCCGCCGGAACCGUUGAUGGACUAUCGGCCCACACUCGAUAAAGAGCUGGAGCCCCCUUGGCCAGAAAUCCCCAGCAAUCUGGAAAUGGGAUUUGAUUUAGAGGGCAUAGAUCUAUCAAAUUGGACGACACAGGAGUAA